UCCGCCACCACCUUCUCCAUAUAUAACUGCUACCCCCCACUACCUCGCAAUCAUCCCCGUCAAUCCCCUCACUUAUAAGACUAACUCACUUCGCUUCAUCGAUUACAAUAUGAUUCUUCAAGACUCAGCUAUGGAGUCCAAGCCGAUUGUCAUACGAGAAGUCUGGUCUUCUAAUUUAGAAUCUGAAUUCCAGCUCAUCCGCGAUCUCAUAGAUGGUUUUCCCUUCAUUUCCAUGGACACUGAAUUCCCUGGCCUUGUUUUCCGCCCUUCCCUCGACCCUACAAAGUCUUACUCUCGUCAACGCCGUCCCUCGGAUCACUACAAGAUCCUCAAGUCCAACGUAGAUGCUUUGAAUCUCAUUCAGGUGGGUCUCACUCUCUCCGACUCCAACGGCAACCUCCCUGAUCUGGGCACCGCAAACCGAUUCAUCUGGGAAUUCAAUUUCAGGGAUUUCGACGUAUCUCGUGAUGCUCACGCCCCCGACUCCAUUGACUUGCUCAGGCGUCAGGGGAUUGACUUCGAGAGGAAUAGAGAUGAAGGGGUUGACUCUGGUCACUUCGCCGAAUUAAUGAUGUCUUCCGGACUCGUGUGCAAUGACUCAGUGAGUUGGGUAACGUUUCAUAGCGCCUAUGAUUUCGGGUAUUUGGUGAAGAUCCUGACGCGACGGUGCUUGCCCGGUGGUUUGGAGGAAUUCUUGAGCUUGUUGAGGGUGUUUUUCGGGGGUAGAGUUUAUGAUCUGAAACACAUGAUGCGGUUCUGCGAUAGCUUGUAUGGUGGUUUGGAUCGGGUGGCCCGGACUCUAGAUGUAAACCGCGCCGUCGGGAAAUGCCACCAGGCCGGGUCAGACAGCUUGCUGACGUGGCACGCGUUUCAAAGGAUGAGAGACGUGUAUUUUGUGAAAGAUGGGCCCGAGAAACAUGCCGGAGUUUUAUAUGGAUUAGAAGUGUUUUGACUUGUAGGACUUAAAAGUAUUCAUUUAAUUUGUUUAAACUGCAAUUUGUAAAUUAAGUGAAUAAUUAAAGAAAUUCUUUUGUGGUUAUAAA